AUGUCCGCGAUCCUCUCAACCGACGCCCUAAACGACUUCAUUUCCCCCUCCGUAGCCUGCAUCAAGCCCAUCGAGAACCUCCCGUCCCAGCCUCAAGACGGUCCCUCGUCCCUCGAACACGAAGUCAUCCUCGGCGGCCAGCAACAACCCACAGGCUCCACAGCCACGUCAUCCGACGGCCCCUCCAAGAUCUCACUCACAGACUGCCUCGCCUGCUCUGGCUGCGUCACAUCCGCCGAGGCCGUCCUCGUCAGUCUUCAGAGCCACAAUGAGGUCCUGAGCGUGCUAGACGCCGCCUCGGCGCUAAAGGUGCGCGGGCCCGACGCAAGGGGGCGCUUCAGCGUCGACGGCCUGGAGGACCCGAACGCGAAGCUGUUCGUGGCCAGUGUGAGCCCGCAGACCAGGGCGAGCCUGGCUGCGGCCUGCGGGGUGGGCACGACGGAGAGCCAGGCGGGGAACAUGAUCGAGCAGCUGCUGAGGGGCGAGCAGGGGCUGAGGGCCGGUGGGAAGUCCAACAACGGUUUCGCCUGGGUGGUCGACACGAAUACGGCCCGCGAGGCCUGUCUGGUCCUAGGGGCCGACGAGGUGCGGGAGGGCGACGCGGCGAUUUCAAAGCCCAUUCUCACAUCGUCAUGUCCGGGUUGGAUAUGUUACGCCGAGAAGACACAUCCACACGUCCUCCCUCACUUGUCAAGAGUAAAGUCUCCACAGGCGCUGAUGGGCACGCUUCUGAAGACGACGCUCAGUAAGAAGUUGGGAAUAACGCCGGACCGGAUAUGGCACUUGGCGGUUAUGCCGUGCCUCGACAAGAAGCUGGAGGCCAGCCGGGAAGAGCUGACCGACAGUGUGUGGGCAGGUGAUGGCAAGCCUGGGCGGGGGGUACGAGACGUCGAUUGUGUCAUCACCAGCAAAGAGGUGUUGAUGCUCUCAGAAUCCAGAGAUAUCGACUUCUUUGGUCUACCCAAAACUCCAAUAUCACAGACGACCACUCCCUUCCCCGACCCGCAGCUCCACAAAUUCCUCUUUCCUCAGCGAAGGAGGCAACGCCAGUCUCCGGCUUCGGGUACUUCAGGUGGGAAUCUCCACUUCAUCCUGCAGGACAUGCUGUUCAGGAACCCUGGCGCACAGCUCCAGGCUGUGAGGGGCCGUAAUGUGGACGUGGUCGAGUACGUCAUCGUCUCCCAGUCGGGAGAGCCAUUUUUCAAGGCGGCGAAAUAUUACGGAUUCCGCAAUAUCCAAAAUAUCGUCCGCAAGUUGAAACCAGCCAAGGCUUCGAGGAUGCCUGGUGGUAGACCUUUCGGCUCCGCAAGGAAGCCCGCCGCGCAGGGCAAGAGCCUGGACUAUGGUUAUAUAGAGGUGAUGGCUUGCCCGGGCGGUUGCACCAACGGUGGGGGCCAGGUGAAGGUAUCGGACUCUUUGGUCGUGGAGCGCAACGGCUGGACUUCUAACCCCGGCCCAGAGGAGCAGAAGCAGUGGCUGGCACAAGUCGACGAGGCGUACUUUUCUGCUUCUGACUCGGAGAUGGACGACGCUGAUUUAUCUGCAUUGAAUGGAGGUGGCGCAGAAGAUUUGGUUGAUGGAAUUUGUCCUUCAUACAUUCGAGAUACCCUUGCGCAUUGGUCGGAUAUGACAGGCAUAGAUCUGGCGAGGUUGGCGUGCACGAGCUUCCGGGAGGUAAUCAGUGACGUCGGGAAGGACAACGACGACAAGGCAAAUGUCGUCCAACUGGCGGGAAAGAUUGGCGGAGGAUGGUAG